CUUCUAACACUUUCUUUCUUGGAAGUUCACUUCUGUUUACCUUUCCAUGUUUUUCUUUGUGUGUACACAGGUUUGAAAGAAUGUGGAACUGUGUUUCUCCUUUCAGAGGAGUUUCAUUUUCAGGGAAACGUCUGCCCAUCCACCACCACACCUCUCACAACAUGGCCGUCACCUACCAGCAGCCCACCCACCUGGUGACAGCCACCAGCUCUCAAAGUGUUGGGCAGUGGAGCACUGGCCUCUGUGAUUGCUGCGCUGAUGUGGGCACCUGUUGCUUUUCCCUGUUGUGUUUCCCCUGCAUGCAGUGUGAUACAGCCAACAAACAUGGAUGGUGUUGCUGCAUGCCAGCCCUGGAUGGUCUCUGUUGUUGUCUGGUGUCCUGCUUUCUCCGCAAGUCCAUCAGAGAGCGCUACAACAUCCAGGUAAAGCUCAGUUAGGGAAGCGACAACUCAAAUUUCUU